AUGAUCAUCGAACGAGACGUACCUAUCAAGGCCGAUGAUGGCUUGGUUCUUCGAGCCAACGUAUUUCGAUCAGAUGACGAGAAGACUCCUUGCCCAGUCGUCAUGGUGAUGGGACCAUACGGCAAAGGCGUAGAAUACAAAGAAGGCUAUGCUGAGCAAUGGAAAUGGGUUCUUGAGCAUCAUCCUGAUCUUCUGCCAGGCUCGACUCGCUCGUACAUGACCUGGGAAGUCGUCGAUCCCGAAAUUUGGGUACCUUGGGGCUAUGCGUGCAUUCAGGUCGAUUCUCGCGGCACUGGAAGGACUCCAGGCAAGAUCGACAUCUUCUCAGCGCGCGAGGUCAAGGACUUUUACGAUGCCAUUGAAUGGGCAGGAACACAGCCUUGGAGCAACGGCAAGGUCGGACUUAACGGCAUCUCCUACUAUGCCAUGAACCAGUGGCUCGUAGCUGGACUGCAGCCUCCUCAUCUCACUGCGAUGAUCCCGUGGGAGGGAGCUGCUGACUGUUAUCGAGACUUCAUGCGUCACGGUGGGAUCGUAUCAAACACUUUCUACGAGAAUUGGUUCCCAAAGCAGAUCUUGAGCAAUCAACAUGGCAACCCAGCCGGUUAUACUGAUCCUUGGAUGAACGAGAAAGCAACCGGGCCAGAGAAUCUUUCCGAAGAAGAACUGCAGGCCAACUGGGUCAAUUGCAUUGCUGAAGCUCUUCAGCGCCCAACGGACGAUGACUGGUAUCGUGAGCGCUCGCCGGUCUGGGAUAGAGUAGUGACUCCCUUCUUGAGCGCUUCCAACUGGGGUGGACAUGGACUACACGGCCGUGGCAAUACCGAAGGCUUCACUAGAGCUGCAUCGAAGGAGAAAUGGCUCGAGAUCCACGCGGGCCGACACGAUGAGGGCUUUUAUCUCAAUGAAGCCAUGGCUCUGCAGAGACGCUUCUUCGAUUACUAUCUUAAAGGCAUCGACAAUGGCUGGAAAGACGAGCCGCGCGUCCAGCUUCAAAUGCGUCGUCCUGGUGCUCCAUUCGGAGAACAUAAGAAGGACACGGCUUGGCCCCUGCCCAAUACCAAGUGGACAGAAAUGUACUUCUCGGCAUCAAACAAAGCGCUGUCGACUUCGACGCCUUCCGCAGAAGAGGAAGCCACCUUCAGUGCCGAAGACGGAGAGGUCGUCUUCCAGACCGAGCCUCUCUCUGAAGAGACCGAAUUCACAGGUCCCUUCACCGCCAAGCUCUUCAUUUCUUCCACGACUGCAGACGCCGAUCUCUUCCUCACAGUCCAGGUUUUCUCUCCGCAGGGCAAAGAAGUUGACUUUCAAGGCGGUUGGGAUCCUCGCACUCCCAUAUCUCAAGGUUGGCUCCGCGCAUCUCAUCGCAAGUUGGACCACAAGUUGAGCACGCCGUACCGUCCAUAUCACAGCCAUGAUGAGGAGCAGCCUUUGGAAGCGGGUGAGGUUUAUGAGGUCGAUGUUGAAUUGUGGCCCGGCAGUAUCAUUCUGCCAAAGUGCUACCAUCUGUCGUUGAUGGUUUCCGGGAGGGACUUCAGGAGACCUGAGGCUUUGGCUGACAAUUCGCUGAAUUGGAGGCAGAAGGGCUCGGGGCCUUUUCUUCACGAUCAUCCAGAGGAUCGAGGGAGAGAGGCGUAUAAGGGAAAGACGACGGUGUAUACUGGUGGUGAUAGGGCAUCUUAUUUGUUGGCGCCUAUCAUUCCUAAGUAG